AGAAGCAGAUGAGAACUCGAAAGUAAAUGAAGGAUUUAAGAGUUCGUCCCCACCGGUCAUGAGACGCAGCGCGCCUUCCGCGACAAAGGAGAGAUUUCGUUCGACCUUGGCUUUUAUUUCGUCGUAGGAGAUUGUUUCAGGCUGCUUUAAUGUCGGGGAGGGAUUUGGUUGACCGGGUGCCAAAGUAAACUUUCUGUAACGCCAUGUAAUUACUGGGUGUUAAUGUAUAGAUAAGUUCCUCGCGAAAUUUUUGUAACUUAAAACUGAACGGGGAGUGUACCACGUUUGUCGGUGUGCAGUUCGAGUGGGGAUAACUUGGCUGUACGAUGUUUAGCAUUUUUCUUUAGUGUAGACUGAGCUUCAUAGUCAUCAUAGAGUCGACUGGUAGCGGCGUUCACGUGAAUUCUGUCUUGUUGAUGUGUUUUCCCAUAUGGGGAAACGUGCAUACGUGAUAUUUGAAGGAAAAUGACGGCGAAAAGUUGUGUGGCAUGUUUGUGAGUGCGUGUGUGUGUAAGCGGGGUGGGUUACUGCGCCUGCGCCUUGGGUGCGGCUGUGGCGGGAGAUCAGCUGGGUUGCGAGGAGUUGUCGCUCGCCGGCUGGCUAAACGCUGUGGCGACUCUCUGGUACUCCCACAUUGUUGGCGCUCGUGUUUACUUUUUUCCUAGUGAUUAGUUAGUGUUAAUAUGGUAACAAAUCAGGAACGGGACAUUAUCAUUAAUGCCAUUCGCGUUUUGAGGUCGCGUCGUGUCCGUCCGAGCGCUCGUAAAAUAGCCUGGUAUGUCAGACGUGAGCACCUCCUGUCGGAGUUGACGACGGAGGCGGUGUUGGAUGAACUGGUCGAGUCAGAGGAUGUUUUACGCGUGGAGUACAAAGGAGCCACUUCUUAUCGUGUAGCUGCAUCGUGGGCCAAGGCUGACCUGGUUCGACGACGCCCCACUCGAACGAAAGUCAACGUCAUGAACAGUGAGUCAACCCGGCGUGCCCUUCGGUCUGCCGUCGAGGCCUGCGGCGUGGCAGGGGCCAGCAAGAAGCAGAUUGAGGAAAAGUUAGCUAGCAGUGGGCAUCAGCGUCUGAUCGAAAAGUUGGACUUGCUUUUGCAUCGGGAAAUAAGGGCUGGCACACUGCUGCGGGUCGAGACCACUCACCGAACGGCGUCUCUCAUCACGUAUGUCGUACCUGCAGAUGCCCCGGCGCCGCCUCCCUCGCCCCCCUCGCCUGCCACGGAGGAUGCCGAGGACACGGAUGUGGCCGACGAGAUAGACGAGCUCGAAGAGGACGACUCCCCGACAGACGUCAUGCCGAUGCACUUCCUGGAGGUGAAGAAGGCCGCCGCCUUGAAUAAGCAGCAACCGCAACCACCUCCUCCUCCUCCUCAGCAGCAGCAACAACCACCACUUCAGUCCCAACAACACCACCUUCAGCAACAGCAACAACAUCACCACCACCAUCAGCAGCAGCAUCAUCAGCCAGAGGCCCUAUCCGUUAAGCAAGAAUUGGAGCAACCGAUGGAGGAAGAGCCCUUACGUGUGUCCUGCGGGGGAGCAGGGGGAGUAGGGAGCAGUGUGACAGGUGGACCUAUCAAGCGUGGUAUGGGCGGCGUGAAGCGUGGGCGCCGUGGCAGACCACCCUUAAAGAAUCUCGGAAUUCACCACCCAGUUGUUUGUUCCUCCUCCAGGGGAAGACCGCCUUCCAGGCGAAAUAAGGAUCCCAGGAAAGGAAAACAGGAAAGUGUUUCAGCCGGGAACACAGAAAGAGCCAAGAAGGUAUUCGAUCCGAGCGAGGGCGGGCUGGGAGGAGGCCCCGGAAGGAAGAAGAACGCUACCCGAUGCGAUGUCUGCUUCAUGAACGUGAACCAGCACGCCAUUCAGGAGGACCUGCUCGUCUGUCACCGGUGCCAGGCUAGGGCUCAUCCAAGUUGUUUGGGAUAUAGCGAGGAAUUAGCCGUCAAGAGUCGCCAUGGACCCUGGACUUGCAUGGAUUGCAAGCACUGUGCCGUAUGCCAGAUGGACCAUACAAUUGGUACCCUGAUCUUCUGUGAUGAAUGUGAUCGUGCUUACCACCUCACCUGUCAUCAGCCACCCAUUGUAAAGGAAAAGCAGCCACAAGGAUCGUGGAUUUGUUUUGCUUGUGCACCACAGAAUACUCAGAAUCCUUAUGACUGCCUUCCUGGUCUUCCAACACCUCGAGACUCUCCUGUGCCUGAUGAUGAAAGUAGAGGGUCAAGCGGUUCCUGGGACAACAACAUAUAUGACCCAGAGAUUCCUAAUGUGACUCACUGGACAGUGGAGCAAAUCAUGGAGCACUUCAAUGGCAAAGGCUUCGGAGCAUUUACACAAGUGUUUAGAGAUCAGGAUAUUGAUGGAACAGCACUGCUCAUGUUGACACGUGCUGAUGUUUUAAUGGGACUUAAUCUGAAGCUGGGUCCAGCCCUCAAGAUUUACAAGCAGAUACGUAUCCUACAGACAAGAUUACCUAACCCUCCAUUGCCUUAAGGCUGAUAAGUUUAUAGUGUAAAUUGUAAAAUUAUGUUCUUAUGGCAACUUUCUGUGUUAAAAGUGUGAUCUCUUUAUUCCUCAGUUUCCACUUUGGAUACUUUUUCUCUAUGAACAUUAUUUAAUAAUGUUGAGCCUUUUCUGACGAAGGGUGUUGACCUUCAGCCAGUCAGGUUAACUUAUGUGAAAUUCUAAUGUAAAAAGACAAAUUGAAGUGCAAAUUGUUGACGACCUUUGUUUAAAGGUGCUUUGUAAAUUGUGUAAAUAGAUCAUUUUAUAUAAGCACAUUAUAUCCUUUCUUCAAAACUCUAUUCUUUCUGGAUACGUUUCAGCUGUACAUUAUUUUCUAACACUGUAUUGUAACAUUAGAAUGUACAGUAGAUAAUCGUAUCAUCUGCUCCACAAUGCUGUUUAUACUUCAUAGUCGAUGAGAGAGGUAUCUUUAAGCUUAAUUGGAACUAAUAUACAAUUACAUAUCAUGUAGUUCAGCGACAGUUUUUUAAUGUUCAUUGUCAGGUUACCCUUAUGAAUAAGGAAUUGAAUUGAAAUCUUGAAUUUUUUCAAAUAAAGUAAUUUAAUCAUAUUCUAAAGCUGUAACUUUGAUACUGAGAAAUUGUAUCUUACAAUUUUUUUACUUGCGAUUUUUCUGCUUUGUCUCUUACUUCCUCUCAUUCAUGUUUUAUUCAGCUUUUUAUUUAUCUGGAUUUUAAGUUCAAAAAAUUUCUAAACCAGUAUAAGAAUUUUUGUUAUGCCAGUGACAAUAAAGUUGCAAGUAAAUUCAGUUUAAUUCAGCUCUACUAUUUAAAGGAUUUACAGUACAGUAUUCUAGAUGUUUUGUACUAUAUUUGGAAAAUUUUACUCUUACUAUGAAGUCUUGAUUUUUUAAGUAAUAGGGGCCAGCCCUGUGAGGGCUAACUUCAAUUACCUCCAGGGUCUGCUAAAAACUACUUAAUAAUGAUGAUUUAAGUAAGAGGUUGAUAUUUUUAUUUGACUUGCUAGCAUAUUUGGUUUUGUACAUUUUUCAAAAAUGUUUUACUUGGUACUCUUUUUGUUGCAUUUCUUAAUGCCAGAAUAACUGUCUCUGCCUUGGUUCCAUAAAUUCAUUUUAAAGUGUUCUAUUACUGUACAUAAUUACAAAUAUUUAACAUGUUGUUGAAGCAAAUAUUUGUCAAUCUUAUGAAAAUUAAUGAUGCACCAGAGGAGGCAUUAAAUGUUUUAUGACAUUUUGUGUGUGUAUGUAUAUAAGAUAGUUAUAUUAAAGAUCAAUGGAAUAAGCAGAGGUGUAUUGCGACAAUAACACUUAGCGCCAGGUGACGAAAAGUUCCCGUUAUUGUCAUAUAGGGAAAAUUAUUUUUGUAAACUUAGUAUCUAGAUUGGUGCUUGUUGGCUGCUGUAGGUGUAUUUACAGCUACAGACAGCAACUCCCUCCCUAUUCAUGAAUUAUUUUAUAGUUCAUGUAGCGUGUACAUAGACAUAUAUUUUUUACAUGUACUGUUCUUUGCUGUAUGACCUUUAAACAUCUACAUAUACUUGAGAAAGAGCUGCUGGUCUGUCAUCGUAUAAUCUGGAGAAGUUAUUUAGUUACUCUAUCUUGUGUAAUCAGCAUUGCAAGAUUGAUUUAUAUUAAACUAGAUCUGAUUAUCUUGCAUGCCAUAGGAUUGCAUUAUCCUGAUGCCAAGUCCAUGAACGUUUUGUAAUUUGAUUUUUGCCUUAAUAAAUCAGUAAACCAAUAACAA